CAGAAGCAGCAGGGCGGCGGGGUGGUGCGCGUGGACCAGGCGUCGCCCGCGUCCAGCUUCCGCGAGCUCGACGACGCCUUCCUUCAGAUAGCCCUUGGAGGUGGCCUUAUGAGAAGCUCAGAACGAUGACAAGAGGAUUUGUGCAGCGGCACCAUUGCCGCUCAUGUUUGCAUGGAUAACAGAGCUUUCAACAAGACAAGAAGAGCAUGGUGGUAUCUUUCGAAGAAAUUACUGAGGAAGCAGCUGUGCCUGUGUCGGUGCAGCAGUUCUGUAUUGCAUUUCGCUUUCCUUUUGGUUGCGAAACUAGUAGUUAGAUUCUGUUUAGAUAGAUCCCCCCCUCCCGGCCUCCCCCCAUUUUACAAGGAUACACGAGCCUCUUGCGUAUUUAAAAAUAAGUAUGAGAAACUUGAAUUUAUCCAAGGGGGAAAACAAGAGUACUUACCUACUGACAAGAGAGAAUUUAGUUUGGUGUCAUACUGUCAUGGUUGUUCAGGAUUCUUUCAACUAUUACUUGGCCAAAGGGGAUACUACAAGCUUUUAAUUUGUGCUGCCCUAAAUUUGCCUGGUAUUUUGGAGGGUAUAGGCUAUUUUGUGCUUGAGUUUCACGGCCUCCUAAGUUUUUUCAGAGCCACAGAGGUGAAAAUAGUACUAUAAAAGCUAUAGCUGAGUGGGAUUGGCAAUUAGCUGGUAUGUGACGUUGAAGUAUCUUUUGAUAGAUUUAUUAUGUUACCAACUUACCACUCUUAGCAGCUGUUGAUUACCGGUGGCUGGUGGUAUAGUGUUCAGUAGUACCUCUGAACCGCAAUAUGUAUCAUGAGAAUAGCCUUGAUGUAUCUCCCUUAGUAGCUGCCGGCUGCUUGCAGGACGGCAGUGUAACUUUGAACUUUUUUUCUUUCUCUUAAUGCAAUGAUACACAAGUCUUUUGCAUAUUCCCCCCAAAAAAAUCUUAGUAGCUGUUACUCAUUCCAUUAAAUAUUAAAAAUGGCCAAUGCUGGAAUCGUUUUACAUAAUGUUGUUAACUUAAGCCUUGUGUGUUCAACACAAUUUGCACAAAGAUUAAAUUACUGUUCUUCAAUAUUUGUCUUGCGAAGAAAUUACACAAAGAUAAUCAAGGACAUGAAGGCAUGUUACUAUGGACUACUGUAGCUACUGCAAUACUUUGGGACGUCAGACGCAAACAAAAAUCUGGCUUGGUGAAGUUCUCCAUCUUAGGUUUGAUGAAGACGCUAUAGUUGCAGACCUUCUUGCUGACGGAGAACUACUGUUUCAAGUUUCCAAAGUAGUAUGGAAAAGGCUGCUGAGAAUGAACAAAGAACAAAUGAAGCAAUCCAAGGUGUAUAUUUAUGAGAGAACAUCGUCUGGUAAGAGCAAUGGGAAAUACAUGCCCUAUCCAAAAGUUGACUCGUUUUUGAAGAUAUGUCAAAUUCUUGGGUUAGCUGGAAUUGAUUUGUUUACCCCUUCUGAUGUGGUCGAGAAAAGAAAUGUUCGGAAGGUUUGUAUGUGCAUACGCUUGCUAUCUAAGAAGGCUCGGAUGAUGCGCUUGAGUGUGCCUGAUUUUGAUGUCGUUACUCAUACAAUAGCCAUGCCCAAUUAUAUUGUUGGAGGCAUCCGUAGAAGUCUGGAGCAACCACAAUGUAGUUCAUCUGGUUCUAGUGGUUACAGUCCGCGUGCCAACUCUAAAGCGUUACAUCAACAGAGGGUUUUUGGUGAACAAAAUGAUCAACAAUGUGACACACAUUAUGAUUCUGAUGAAGCAGAAAGUAAACUCUCUGCAUUAGAACCUGAGGACUCGGUUAGUGAAUACAAUAUUUCGGCACUUUUGAAAUCAGGAAACGUACCUAAAGAAGAAAGGGAAGGCUAUAGCGAUAGCGGGCAUGAUAUGCAUGAAGAGAAGUUAUUGUCUGAAUCAGUUGGAUCAAUCGACUUCGACAAUGUGGACUCUGAUUCUGUGGGUUCAACUCCUUCAAUUCGCAAGAAUGAAUCAUAUUGCUGUAUUGAAUCUCCAACUGACCAGUGUUCAAGAACAAGAACAAUUAGGUGUUCAUUAAGCUCAGAAGAGUCAGAUUCCAUAAGCAGUCGUUUGGAAGUUGACAGCAGCAAGGAUAAUUUCACAGUUGCUAAAAGGAUUCAUGGUGAACAUGCCGAGCCUGUUCAAGGGAAUGGCAAAAGAUCCGCUAAUCAUCCAGAAAAAGAAAUUGAUGCCCUCCAAAAGGUCACCUUUGAUCAACAAUGCGAUCUUCUUGCCUGUGAUGGGGAGUCUGUAUGUUCCAAUUGCGAUGAACCAUACUUACAUUCGACCCCAAGAGAUAAUACAGGUGUCAAGUUGCCAGCAGUAUCUGAAGAUGACGGUGCAUGUCGAGGACUGGAGCCUGAAUUCAGCUAUGGGAAUGAAACGGACAUUUCCCAAAAGGAAGAUAAACAGGUGGAAUCAGAAUAUAUAGCUGAAAAUGACAACUCUGCACAAAGGAAUGAGAAUGAUGUUCCCAAAUCAGGGAAAGGGGUGCUGAAGUCUGUUGCUGGAGGAAUUACGCUUGUUGGCGCGGUGUUCUUCAUAGUUCAUCUCAGGAGGAGCAAGGACAGAAGCCUUACAGGUGUUAUACCUCCAGUCUCUGAAAAAUCAGUUCAGGGCAACUCAAGGGCAAAUAACGUAGAGAAAACAAAGGCUGGCACCGUGUAUCCUGGGGAAUGGCUAAAGGUUUAAUCAAUAAUAGAUGGACAUGACACCGUGCCACCUAAGCGUGCUUUGGAAGUUUAUGAUGCAAUAUGCAUAUAUCCUGUGAAAGUAAAAUUCAUGCGGACCCCGCCAAAAAAGUAAAAUUCAUGUGAUAGAAAACACCUUUUUUUUAGUUAUAUAGUUUGUACGAAUGGGGGGACUUUAAGAAGCGACCCCAGUAUAGCAACUGUUAAUAUUUACAUUCCUAUAGCACUAUACUAAUUUAAAGCUUACAAUAAUCUGGAUAUCAGGAUAUGCAAGAUUCCUCAAUUUCUCUCCAUGUACAGAAUGAUCAAUAGUUGGAAAAUUACUAUUACCAACAAC